AUGAGCAGCGCAGUUCCACGAGCGGCAGUACCAGAGGGGAUGACGUUCCCCGGGCCUUUGCCGGACGUGGCGGAGCGCUGCGGGCGGUGGGCGCCGGACUCGUUGUCGGCGUCGGCGUCGGGCAGCUCCGACGAGAAACCGCUACCGCGCCGGCCGCGCUGGCGCAUCGCGCUCGCUGCGCUCGUCGUGCUGGCCGCGCUGGGCGCCGCGCUGGCGCUGCCGCUGGCGCUCGGUGGCGGCGGCCGCGCUACGCCCGAGCAGCGGCUAACUACCAUACGCCGCAUGCUGCGCGACUCCCCUUUAGUCGAUGGCCACAACGAUUUAGCCUGGAACGUCCGGAAAUUUCUUCACAAUAAAAUCGGUGAAUUUAACUUGAGCGCUGGUCUCGAAGGUCUCGAGCCGUGGGCGAAGUCGCGCUGGUCGCACACUGAUAUCCCACGGCUGAGGCUCGGACAGGUCGGCGCGCAGUUCUGGUCGGCGUAUGUUCCGUGUGGCGCCCGUGAUCGCGAUGCAGUGCAGCUCGCUCUUGAGCAAAUGGACGUUAUUAAGCGUAUAGUAGAGAUGAAUGCGGCUCACCUCGCAUUGGUGACGGAUGCGGCGGAACUACUGGAUGCGCACCGUGAUGGACGCAUUGCGUCGUUAAUAGGCGUAGAAGGAGGACAUGCACUCGGUGAUUCCCUUGCGGUGCUGCGAGCUUUUUAUCAGCUCGGCGCGCGUUACCUCACGGUCACGCACACCUGUGACACCCGGUGGGCGCGCGCCGCCGGCACAAGCGGCGGACUCACAGAGUUUGGUCGCGCCGUGGUACGAGAAAUGAACCGCCUCGGUAUGAUCGUCGAUCUUUCACAUGCAGGCGAAGAAACGGCAAGAGAUGCUUUAGAAACAUCACAAGCGCCUGUGGUGUUCUCACAUUCCGGAGCAGCAGCCUUGUGCAAUUCGAGUAGAAACGUACCGGACGAGCUCCUCCGUAUGAUAGCUGCAAAUGGGGGCGUAGUGAUGAUCAAUUUCUAUGCUAAGUUAGUGACAUGCGGGGAACGAGCCACUGUGGAGGACGUAGUGGCGCACAUCAACCAUGUGCGGCGCGUGGCCGGCGUCGAACAUGUGGGGCUGGGCGCAGGCUAUGACGGCAUCGACGCACCGCCGGAGGGGUUGGAGGACGUAUCGCGCUAUCCGCACCUGUUGGCGGAGCUGCUGCGCGACCCGGACUGGAGCGAGGAGGACGUGCGCAAGCUGGCCGGCAUGAACGUGGUGCGCGUGCUGCAGCACGUGGAGCGCGUGCGCGACCAGUGGCGGCGCGCAGCCGUGCUGCCGGGCGAGGAGACGGCGGGCGCGCGCCGCGGCGAGUGCGCGUACGGGCCCGCGUGACGUAGGCUGCGCGCCGCGCGCUCCCGCGGCCCCCCUCGUACUGCUCAAUAUUGACACUUGUUGAACGUAGUUAUACAUGUAUAUUAGUGUCCAAAUGUGAUUUAGCGAUUAAAAUAAUCUUUACCUGACCUGAUGCACAAAUGUUUAGCUAAGGAGCCGCGCGCGCUGGGCGCUUCGUCUCGCGUCGGCCCGCCGUGGUCUGCCCGCUGAACUCUUCUCCAUCCAUGCACACGAAUUCGUUGACGAAAGCCCAAUGCGAACCGCGAUUUAUAUGAUGUGAGCAUGAUGAUA